ACAACAAAUGUGUUGCAUCCAUAUAAACAGCUGAUGACCUUAGCAUGUAUUUUUGACAAUAAAAUGUCAUUCAACUAAAUAGCGAUUUUCAACGUGUAAACAAUAACAGAACCAUGCCGCCGAAAAAAGAUACAAAGGGAGGAUCUAAAGAUAAGGCGAAACCAGCAAAGGGAGCAAAAUCCACCGAUGACGGAGGUGCUUCCAAGGAGAAGAAAGGAGGCAAUGCCGUUAAAGUUCGUCAUAUUUUAUGCGAGAAGCAAGGUAAAAUUCUUGAGGCUUUGGAGAAAAUCAAAGCCGGUCAAAAGUUUCCCGAUGUAGCUGCCGCAUACAGUGAAGACAAAGCUAGACAGGGUGGAGAUUUAGGAUGGCAGAUUCGUGGAGCUAUGGUUGGCCCAUUCCAAGAUGCCGCUUUCGCUUUACCAAUUUCAACGGUCGCGAAUCCCGUUUACACGGAUCCGCCGAUCAAAACUAAAUUCGGUUAUCACAUCAUCAUGGUCGAGGGUAAAAAGUAGAUUUUGAGAGUGUUGUUCUGUGGCCACACGCCGGGUGAGAAAGUAAAAACGAAAAAUGAAUAAAAUUUCUUCGAAUGAGAAUUAAA